CGCACGCACAAACUGUGUCCAAAAAUUGUCAACAAUGCAAAGACAAGUGGGGGUCCAGAGCUUCGACAUGUGGCAUGACUACAUGCAAUUGGGCAGACUGCUGGAGAAGCUGUGCGACAAUCCUGACGGGGGCCACAGACACACCGAGGGCCCCGAGAAAGAAGCGGCAGCACCUUGGAGCCACGUCCAAACCUCUCGGCGGGGGGACCGCAAAGACUCCACUAGUUCAGUGAGCAGCCUCUCUGACACCAGCUGCAGCGGGACUUCCUCUGACUACUGCCGCUUCUGUAAGCAGAACGGGGAGUCUGCAAGAGUUUACCGGUCACAUAAGUUGAAAUCAGACGACGGGAAAGUGAUCUGCCCCAUCCUCUGGAACUACACCUGUCCCAUCUGUGAAGCCACCGGGGACCACGCUCACACACGCCGGUACUGCCCGCAGGCACAGCGCAAAGAGGCUGCGAGGAUGCUGCCAGGGUCCAGGUUCUAGUAGUACCGGACACUGAAAGACUGAUGACACUGUUCAUGAUUACCAAAACAUGUUUUGGCUGUGUGUUCAUGUUUACAAAGACUGGUGAAGGUUCCCAAGUAGGUUGAAGUGAAAUGUUUUAUGUUGUUUUUGACAUUAAUAUGUGUUAUUGUCAUUCUGCAGGCAGUCUGUCUGCUGUGGGUAGUUAGUCAUCAACAACCUUUUCCAGCGUUGGAUGUUUUUUUA